AUGCGGGCUCCUGCUCCAGCACUUGAUGGGAUGGGCGACAUUUUGAAGAGCGCCAUCUCUCAUACGGCAGAAACCCCAAUUUCUUCAUUCGAUUCAAGGAACCUGUCUAGCUUCCCAAGUUCGGUGGAUGAUGAUAGCGACCCAAGCGACUCACUCCUGGUGCUCGCGCCCCUGUAUAUACCAGAGUCUGGGAACGAUGAAGCGGCCGCACAAGAGCGACCUGGUUUUACGACCAAACGAUACAACCCAGACGAGUCAUCAAGAACGUGGCGUGACUGGCUCAUAACGCUGUUCGCAGGACGCAAGCCAACCUUGAGCUCACACAAUCAUCACAAACGCACUGAUAGCUUCAUCUACAACUCUGCAGGCACUCAGUCGGCUUCGCAGCCACUGAAGCCUUCUAAGAAACAAGAUGCUACAACAGCGCCCACACAAAAGCCUGCCCUCAAACACACCGCUCCAUGUAAUCACGCACCUCGACUCCUCCUCUCAACCGUCAUCCCUUCCGUCUGCACACCCAAAUCCCAUCUCGUCACACACUGCCUAUCCUACACAAAGAUCUCGCCCGCCCCUCUCACCGCAUACACUGGAUACGCAGUCGUGGCGCGCGACGACUACCCACCAGAGAGAGUGAUCCGCGGCUUUGACGUGCCCGACAGACCAGCACUCACUGCACCUUCGUCCAGAAGAAACAACACAGCGGCAAAUCUGCUGGACCGUGACCGAGAUGCAUGGCCAAGUUGGAACAGGAACAUCACGUCUCCUGCAGACUUGCCUUUUGGGAAGACACAUCCAGGACGUGUGUGGAUUUCUCGACAAGCGGGAAUGAAUUCGAGAGGCAAGACUGGGAAGUGUGGAGGGGAUUGGUCGAACUGUCAGGAUGCGAGUCGAUGCUCGAGUAUCGGGGUGGAGGAGUGGCCGUUUAGUCAGUAUUGUUAUUGGUGA